GUAUUUAUACAAAUCAAAACCCUAAGCAAUCACUACUUAGCUUCUUUUUAUCAUCCUUUCUCCUAAAUUUUUCAAAUGAAGUCUUCUUCCAAGCUUGUGCAUCUCUCUUUACUAGUCUUUUUUUUAGCAACCUCACAUCAAACUCCAUGGAUUAUCACUCUCCUUUUUUUCUCAUUGUUAUCUUCCUUUGCUUUUUCUUUGAGCUGCUGGUUAGUUCCUGGUGGCUUUGCAUGGAGAAACCACCAUUGUCGAGAACUUGGUGGUCCGACUGGGUGGCCUAUAUUUGGCAUCCUACCCCAAAUGGGUUCACUGGCUCAUCGCAAAUUGGCUGCUAUGGCUUGGUCGUUGGGUGCAACAAGGCUUAUGGCGUUCAGUUUAGGCUCAACCCGUGUGGUCAUUAGUAGCCAUCCAAACACAGCCAAGGAAAUCCUUUCUGGGUCUUCUUUCUCUGACCGUCCUAUAAAAGAAUCAGCUCGUUUAUUGAUGUUUGAACGUGCCAUUGGUUUUGCUCCCUCUGGAAACUACUGGAGACAGCUUCGUAGAAUUGCAGCAAACUACAUGUUUUCUCCUAGGAGAAUCUCUACCCUAGAGCCACUAAGGCAGCGUUUGGCUGAUGAAAUGAUAGUGGAAGUGGGAAAUGAGAUGGAGGGUAGAGGGAUUGUUGCCUUGAGAGGGAUAUUACAGCAGGGUUCUUUAAGCAAUGUACUGAAGAGCGUAUUUGGGAUCAGCCAUGGCUGUUCAGAAAGGAAGGAGCUAUUAAGCACCAUGGUUAAAGAAGGAUAUGAAUUGAUUACAAAGUUUAAUUUGGAAGAUUAUUUUCCAGUAAAGAUUAUGGAUUUUUAUGGGGUGAAGAGAAGAUGCUGUAAAUUGUCAGCAAAGGUUAAGAGUGUUGCGGGGGAGAUUGUGAGAGAGAGAAAAGCAACCGGGGAGUUUAGCGGUGGAAGUGAUUUUCUUAGUGCUUUGCUCUCAUUGCCUGAACAGGAGCAGCUAAGUGAAUCUGAUAUGGUGCCUGUUCUGUGGGAAAUGAUAUUCCGGGGAACAGACACAGUUGCCAUCCUUCUGGAGUGGAUCAUGGCAAGAUUAGUUAUGCACCAAGAGAUCCAAGCAAAAGCCCACCAAGAGCUGGACACCAUCAUCGGAUUCAACCGCCAGGUUCAAGAUUCCGACAUCCCUAAUCUUCCCUACCUCCAAGCUAUCGUCAAAGAAGUUUUUCGGAUGCAUCCUCCUGGCCCAUUGCUCUCCUGGGCUCGGCUCGCCGUCCACGACGUCCACAUCGACAAAAUCUUCAUCCCGGCUGGCACAACAGCAAUGGUUAACAUGUGGGCCAUAACCCACGACCCAUCAAUCUGGAAGGACCCAUGGGAGUUCAAUCCAGAUCGUUUCUUGGAAGAGGACGUGCCCAUAAUGGGAUCGGAUCUAAGGCUUGCACCAUUUGGGUCGGGGCGCAGGGUGUGUCCAGGCAAGGCAUUGGGCUUAGCCACAGUCCACUUAUGGCUCGGACGGCUUCUGCACCGAUACAAAUGGGUACCGGCGCAGCCUGUGGAUUUGUCCGAGUGCUUGAAGCUUUCGCUUGAAAUGAAAACGCCAUUAGUUUGUCGCGCGGUUGAUCGGUUGGCUAGGCUGUGAAACAGGGAGCUUGUUUAAUAAGUUUAGUUGUACUGAAAGCGAGUGGGUUAAUUGUAAAAUGAAGUGAUAAAAGAUGUUGGUCAUGUGCACUUUUUUCUAGAGUUUGCAAAAUAAAUAUGAAGUUCGCGAAAUUGUAAAACAUCUUUCAUAAAAUAAAUAAUGUAUAUGUGGAAACACUACAUGAUUUUUCAUUGUAGUGUCGAAGCAAAACUUCCCUUU